AUGGAGAUAGAAAAUGAGCCAAAGGUUCCUUCCCCUAAUUCGUAUCUAGUUGAGGAGUUGGGUUCAUACGUAGAUGUGGGAGAACCAGAGUUAGAUUCGGAAAAUGAUGCAGAUUCUGCUCUUGGUGGAAUGAGUUUGAGGAGUUCUAACUUCACAGUCGAAUCGGAAUUUUAUCGUCAUAUCGAAGAAAAUGGAAGAACGUAUCAUCGUUAUAAACAUCGUCAAUAUCCGCUACCGAAUGAUGCACUAGAACAAAAUAGACUUGAAUUUCAACACAGAUUUCUACGUAUGACUAUCGACGGAAAGUUAUUCGUAUCGCCGAUCAACACGGAUCGACCAAUGAAUGUGUUGGAUGUUGCCACAGGGACUGGUAUUUGGGCCGUUGAAUUCGCAGAUGAAUAUCCCAAUUCAACGGUGAUUGGUACUGAUCUUAGUCCUAUUCAGCCGCAUUAUAUCCCUACGAACUGCUCAUUCCGAAUCGAAGACGCUGAAGAUCCGUGGACAUUUGACGAUUUAAAAUUCGACUUAAUUCAUGGCCGCGCCUUGUUAUCCUGCUUUCGUUCUCCAAAAACCGUGAUUGCAUCGGCAUUUGAGGCUCUGGCACCGGGAGGAUACCUCGAACUACGGGAUCCAAUCUUUCCUUUCAAAUAUGCAUCGCCGCCGCCGGAGAAUUGUGCAUUAGUAAAAUGGAAUAAUAUGAUAGUAGAAGCUUCUACGAAAGCUGGGCGCCCUUGGACAAAUGGAGCACAUUACAAGAGGUGGAUGGAAGAAGUUGGUUUUGUUGAUAUUGUGGAGAGAAAGGAGUAUGCACCAAUGAGUCCAUGGGCAAAAGGUCAAAGAAAUAAAGUCUUGAGCGUAUGGGUUCAGAGGAAUGUCUUGAUAGGCCUGGAAGGAUUGAGUAUGGCACUUUUCACAAGAGUCUUAGGGAUGGAAAAAGAAGAGAUACAUUGCUAUUCCGAGGGGGUUCUGGUGUAUGGGAGAAAACCUUAG